UCACGUUAUAUCUCAUUCAUUGGAAAACAAGUAUCCAAUCUGCCCAUCGUUUUAUUGGGUUUCACUUGCUGGAGGCUGUAGAUUUCCAUAAUGCGCAUUCAGUUUACGGUGCUGAUACGCUGACAGAGCCAUCAUGAAACGGAGAGGUCGAGGUGAAGCAGCAGAAACGGACGGAGAUGGCGACCAAGGUUCCUAAUCUCUCCGAUCUGAUCCACCGAGUCGCCUCGUCGUGCCUUCUCCACCCAGUCGGCCGGGUCCAUGGACCCGACGGAGGCAACCCGGAGGGCUCGAAAGAAGAAGAGGAAAAGCAGGAAAGGGAGAAGGUCGAAGGAGAAGGAGAAGAGGAUUUUCGGGUCUGGGAAGAAGAGGAGGAACAAAGGGAGGGGGUUUUGGAAAGAAUGAGAGAGGUGGAGGGGCUUUUGGAAGAGGUUUUCGAGGGGGUGUCGGCUAUGAAGAGGGCGUACGUUAGCCUGCAGGAGGCGCACUGCCCGUGGGACCCUGAAAAGAUGAGGGUUGCUGACGUGGCGGUGGUGGCGGAGCUGAGGAGGCUGGGGAGGCUGAGGGAAAGGUUUAGGAGAGGGGGUGGGGGUGGUGGAAAUGGAGGGAGGGGAUUGGGGCCGUACAGGGAGGCAGUGGUUGGGCCCUACGAGGCUGCGGUGGAGGAGCUGAAGAGGGAGGUUAGGGUGAAGGAGGCGGAGGUGGAGGGUUUGAAGGAGAAACUUCGGACCGUCGCGACAGUUGGGAAGAAGGGGAGGUUCCAUCCGUCGCAUAGGAGAGUCAGCUGCAGCAGCCAAGCGGCAGCAUCGGUUCCAACUCCCGAGCUCUUUAACUCGUGCAUGAGCCAGGUGAAGCAGGCCUGCAAGACCUUCAUCUCCCUCCUCCUCUCCCGCAUGCGCUCCUCCAACUGGGACAUUGAGGCGGCUGCGCGAACCAUCCAGGCCCCAUCCGACACAAUCCCAGCGGUCCAAUCCCCCCACCACGCCAAGCAUGCAAUUGAGUCCUAUGUCCUCUGCAAGUUCUUCCAGGGCUUCGAGAACGAGACCUUCUACAUCGACGGUUCCCUCUCCUCCCUCCUCCACCCUUCCCAGUUCCGCCAAGACUGCCUCUCCCAAUUCAACGGCAUCAAGCCAAUGGACCCCACCGAGCUGCUCGGGAUCUUCCCCAACUCCCCCUUUGGCAGGUUCUGCUGCAAGAAGUACCUCGCCGUCUUCCACCCACAGAUGGAAGAGUCCCUGUUCGGGGGGCUUGAACAGCGAAGGGCGGUUUUGGCGGGAAAUCACCCACGGACUGAGUUCUAUGCCGAGUUCUUGAACCUGGCGAAAGCAGUCUGGCUCCUGCAUCUGGUGGCAUUCGCCCUCGAUCCAGCACCGAGUCACUUCCAAGCGAGUCGCGGGGCAGACUAUCAUCCUGAAUACAUGGAGAGUGUUGUCAGGUUUUCCGGUGGGAAGGUGGCGCCGGUGGGUGAUAUGGCGGUCGGGUUUCCGGUCAGCCCGGGGUUUAAGCUCGGGAACGGUGCAGUGAUCAAGUCGAGGGUGUACCUUGUCUCGAGGGUGUGAUGGGAGGCCGAGUAGCGGUUUAGAAAGGGGGCUGGUGCUACGCGUUGGCUGGGCGGGUUUGGUCUCGGCACGUGACUUGCUUUGAACACGCGCGCGUUCGGCGGGUUGGAUGUGUGUAUUGCUAGUGCCAAAAUGAGCCUGUUGUGUAUUACGCACAUGGGAUGAUGGAUGGGUGCCUCGUGCCUGUCUCGUUUCUUGCUUUGAACCGCCGGGGUGUUUUUGUGGCUUUCAACUUAUCCAGCUCCUUGGGGCCCACAGUGAUAUGUUUGACAUCCAAUCCGUCUGUCCCUCAUUUCCGAUGUACAGUAGUGAAAUCAGAUCGAUCCGUUUCACUUGAGGGCCACAGCACGUAACAAUGUAAAAUCACGAUCAAAGCCUCUGAAUUCGUCUGGUGUCGGCCUGCUUUGUUUAGGAUCAGUUUUAUUUUAGGGAUGUAUCUUCGUCU